GCGUCGCAUCCCGGCUCCGGGCCCCGCCGCCUUGCGCCUCCCGCGCUCGCCGGCUGGGGUUGGAGCUCGUCGCGCGCGUCCACGGUGCCAGCCAGCCAGCCAGCCAUGUGGGGGACUUGCCGCUGACCUGCGUCCGUGAUCCCGAAAGCCGGGCGCGCCCGGAAAGGACGCUGAGGAGCCAUGAGCCGCCUGCCCGGGAGGGUCGCGGCGCUGCUGCUCGGGCUGCUGGUGGAGUGCACAGAGGCCAAAAAGCAUUGCUGGUAUUUUGAAGGACUCUACCCAACCUAUUAUAUAUGCCGCUCCUACGAGGAUUGCUGCGGGUCAAGAUGUUGCGUGCGGGCCCUCUCCAUACAGAGGCUCUGGUACUUCUGGUUCCUGCUGAUGAUGGGUGUGCUCUUCUGCUGCGGAGCUGGCUUCUUCAUCCGGAGGCGGAUGUACCCCCCACCGCUGAUCGAGGAGCCGGCGUUCAACGUGUCCUACACCAGGCAGCCCCCAAACCCCGCUCCAGGAGCCCAGCAGCCAGGGCCGCCAUACUACACCGACCCCGGAGGACCGGGAAUGACUCCUGCUGGGAACCCCAUGGCGAUGGCCUUCCAGGUCCAGCCCAACUCACCCCAGGGAAGCACGGCCUACCCACCCCCACCCUCCUACUGUAACACGCCCCCGCCCCCGUACGAACAGGUGGUGAAAGCCAAAUAAGCCGGGCGCUGCUGGGUGAUCGCCGGGAGACAGGGAGGGCUCCCUGUGGCCCAGAGACUCGUUCAGCAGCCUUCUCUGUCCCCUUCCAUGUUUGUUUCAAGGAAUCGUCUUAUGAGCCAUGAAGGGCAAAUUUCUCUUUCGAUGUCUUCAAAGCAAGCACAGCUCCCUUUCAAGUUUUCCACGGAGGAGCAAGCUCUGAACGCAGUGUCUCCUCUGUUGCUUCCGUGUCUGAUGUAAUCUGUGCUCUCUGGAAGAGGGUGGUGACAGUCCCCGAGGGCUGCAUGGUCCUAGUGGUGUGCCCAGAUCCUCAGGAGGGAGGUGGAAAGGAGGAGGGCACAGCGGAGCCAGGGUGUAGAGGGAGCUUACGAAGAGGGCCCAUGGCCUGGCAUCGUGGCCCGGGCUUGCCAAGGCAGCUUUGCCCCACCAGGCAGAAAACCCCUCAUGUGGCAGGGGGUAUUGGCCACGGGCUGAAAUGAGACCUGUCAGGAUUGGUGUUAAGCCUGUUCUUCAGGUCAGUCUUCCCCAGUGCAAGGAGUGGCAAGAGAGGCGUUCAGCAGAGAAGAAACCUCUUCACGCUUUCCUGUCUCCAUGCACAUGGCAAGGGCACGUCCUGAAGACCAGCUUCUCUCUGCACAGGCAGGGCUGAGGGAGCAGAGCCCCAGGCGGCUUCCACCGCAAGGAGGUGAGAUCCAGAGCUGGGUCUGCGCUGGAUGGCUACAGCUAUCUGAAAAUCCCCAAGCAAAAUGAAUUUAAAUUGAUGGGAAAUCACUUCCUAGCUGGAACGUUGUGUUUUGUGAGCUCUUGGUCUGACUUGGACAAAAAAUGUCUGUCGCCACCCCCACUUUUUUAGUGCAUAUUUGGAAGCCACUUGUACAACGUCCUGUGCUUUGAGACCAGACUCAAGGGUGCGUCUCCCCUGGAUGCUCAGGGUCCCUCUGAGCUUUUAUUGUGCCCGGGGGUUUCCUGCCUCCUUCCCAGAGGCGGCUCUGCGGUGGUGGGCUUGGAGGGACACUUCCAGGACAGGACUCUUCCAUUCAGGGGUGCAUCUGUGAGGGAAAUCACAUCGGGGCCCUGUGGGAGAGAGAACAGAGAGGUGUCCCAGCAGGAGCAGGGACAGCCAGCAGCAGCCUGGGGCAAGCUGGGUGGUUGUGUUUGAUCUCAGCAAAUGGGUAUUGGAGCCUGCUGAAAAAAUCACAGGAAAGCAAAAAAUCCCAGGAUUGCAAGCAGAUUUCAUCAAAGAGGAUGCAAUUGAUUCACACUGACAAUUUAAUCAAAAUUAGAAGACAGGCGAUGUGGUUGGAAAUGCAGAUGCCUGGCGAAGAACCACCUCUCACCCCAGGAUCUUACAAGCAGUUGUCAGCAGGGAGCAGGAUGCUCUUUUCCUCUCCGUGGUUGGUAGCUUUGAGAGUGCAUUCAAACCCAGAUUUGGACCUGACGUGGUGUGUAGACUAAGGGCAAAGCUAUGUAGCCAAGGACACCUAGGAUACCUGUGUAGUAUUUGCGGGGAGAGUGGGAUGCUUAUUUUGUAAAUAAGAAAUUGUCACUCAUUGGACUUCAGUGUGGGGAACCCCCCACUGGAGUGGGUUCUGAGAGUUUCCGUCAGCCCACACGACAAAGCUGGGCACCCAUGCUCUGCCAGGGUAUUUGGGGUAGGGGCUGAAGAAUAGGGAUGGGGCAAAAACUACUCCAGGACUAACUCUAAAGACAAGGAAUCUGGAAGCUUCCUGGAGAAUUCCCUGGGAGAUGCUUGGGAACAAAACAAGCACCCAUUGGAAACACAGUUUGUGAACCCAGAUGCUGUCAGUAUCUUUGACCACCUUGUGUGACCCGUGAAUGCCUGUCAUGACUGCAAAACCUCCCGACACUCGGGUCCUUGAUUUAGACGAGAAGACAAAGCACAACAUUUGCUGUUUACAAUCAAGGAACAACCACAUGGGUCCAAAAAGUUCAUCUUUCUUCGGGUCAUUUAUUUUGCAUUUUUAACGUCAAUUUCUCCCUUUACUUUAUUAUUGUUUUUUGUUUUUUUUUUAAUAAAGAAAGCACACUGAAUGAUACUCCCUGGAAUUCCAGUUGGCCAGCACCCAGCUGAACAGGCACCCAAAUGUCUAUGACUAAACUUUGUUCAUCUUUUUGAUAGCAAGUCAUCUUAAGAAACAGAAUGAUUCAUAAAGCUCAACAAUUUUAUAUUCCAUGUUUUCGUAAAUCCUGUUUUUCCCUGGAACCUGGCUUAGAACCCUGCUAGGUGAAGACUGAGACUUACUACGUAUUGAAAUUCCACUUCUGGUGAUAUUUCCCAGCCGUCCUCGCUUCCUUUGUCCUGUUAGUGGAUCAUACCCGCCUCUUAGCGUGAGUCCUGACCCCUGGUGUGUUGGAGUCCUGUAGCAUUGGUGGUUAGGUGUAAACUUGAAGCAGAUCUGUGCAUGCUUGUCCUCUGCAGCACUUGGCUCAUUUCUUUUCCUUUUUCCCUUCUCUUUUGAUAGGGUCCUGUUUCCUAUGUAUGCAAAAUAAAAAGAAAUUUGGCCAUGUG